UUUUUGACUCCUUCGCUUAUCGAGAUUAACCGCUUUGCUGACUUCACAAACCAACCUGAAAGAGCGUGAGAACAGCAGGCGGCUUUUGUUGGAGCCAUAAAACUCAAAACGAAUGGAACAGUCACCGCCUGGGCUAAAACAUCAUUGCCGUAGAGAGCUGAACGAGACGGUGUCUACAGGGAUCCUGACUGUGGCGGCAUGCGCACUCUGCCGUUGAGGAAAGAAAAUUACAAAAAGCGUUCAAUGAAGUUCCUGCUCUUUGCAAUACUUCCAUUGGCAGAAGCCUGGCUGUACUCAAACAGCAGUAUGCGAGUCUUCAGAAGCACGGAUCAAUCUACUGGUCGCCUUCAUCGCAACCUUUCUAAUACAGCACAUUUUGGACCUUGCGAAAGUGGAUGGACGUAUUUCGAUGAAACGAAUGCCUGCUAUAAGAACUUUUUUUGGGAAACCUUUCUCGACGCCGAAAGCAAAUGUAAGAAUUUCGAAGGACAUUUGACUUCGAUUCACAGCUUUGAAGAAAAUUUAUUUGUGGCUGAGCUGGCAAAGUCUGGAUUUCCAAUCAGUGAUUACUCACACGCAACCUGGAUAGGUCUGGCACGAGCUGAUUAUCUGAACAGUAGCCGGAAAGCUGAGUGGAUAUGGACUGAUGGCACGAAGGUUGAUUUUCUAGCAUGGUCUCCGAAAGAUCCGAAUGAUGAAGAAGGUCAAGAACGCUGUGUGCUGAUGUUUCCUGAUCCUUGGAAUAGAGCCAUUGAUGCUUUAUGGUACCAGAAAUGGAGUGACUACCGUUGUAGUACUAACACAAGAUCAUUUGUGUGCAAGAAAAAGGCUUCGCCUCAAAUGCUCUCCAGUGUGUGAUUCGUCGUCAUUUUGAAAUUCCAAUAAAUUCUUC